AUGGUGAUCAAGUUUUCUGAUGAUAAAGGAAAGUAUGAAGAGGCUAUUGAUCUGGGUGGUCCAAGGGACAGGCUGGUUGAAGACUUACUGAUGUUUCAGGUGGUGAAUCGUGUUCGUGGACCAUUUGAAAGGUUCAGGGAUGGAUUAAAAACUCUUGGAGUCCUUGCAAAAGUCCAAAAACACCCAGAAGCUUUUAGAUCCGUGUUAUGCCACCAACCAAAUCAGCUGACAGCAGAUACAAUGGAUGACCUAUUUGAAAUACAGUGGUCAGAGAAUGGGAGCAACAAACGAGCAAAUGAGAACAGAGUUAUUGCUUUCUGGAGGGACUACCUGCAGGAUGUGGAAGAGGAGGGGUCACAAAGGCUUGGAGCAGUCUUAGCAUUUGCUACAGGAUCUGAUCAGGUCCCACCAAUUGGAUUUCAUCCUCCGCCUUCUAUUGCCUUUCACCAUGACACAGAAACUCCACAAAGAUUUCCAGUUGCAAAUACAUGCAUCAACUGCCUUCGCCUGCCAUUAUAUAGCACAUAUGGUGCUUUUAAAAGCAACAUGGAAUUUGCCAUUAAUAAUACCCAGGGAUUUGGCAAGGAGUAAGAGACACUUUUAAAUGCUAAGAAGUUAAUGUUGUGCCAAAGUGUUCUUAUUGAGGCAUUUGUUUAUUCUGAUGACAACACUUUAUUAAAUAAUUUUCAGGCAAUAUUAGAAU